AUGGCUAUCUUCCUUUUGCUACUUUCCACCAUAGCUUUUCGAGCCAUACUAACUAGAAAGAAGAAAAAUAAUCAUCUAACUCCACCAAGCUCUCUAGCUCUACCUAUCAUUGGACACCUUCACCUUCUUUCUAAAUUACCACACCAAAGUUUUCACAAACUUUCAAUUCAAUAUGGACCCAUAAUGCAACUUUUCCUAGGCUCUAGGCCUUGUGUAAUAGUUUCAAGUCCAGAAAUGGCAAAGGAGUUUCUUAAAACCAAUGAAACAUUUUUCUACAACCGAUUUAGUAAUGCUGCAGUUCACUACUUAUCAUAUGGCUCAAAGGGAUUUUUGUUUGGGCCUUAUGGUGACUAUUGGAAGUUCAUGAAGAAGAAGUGUAUGUCAGAGCUUCUUGGUGGAAGAAUACUUGAUCAGCUUCUUCCCGUGAGACAACAAGAGACUGUAAAGCUUCUGAGACAUUUGCAAAAGAAAGGGGAAGCAGGUGAGGCUGUUGACGUCGGCGGCGAGCUAUUAACUCUAACCAAUAGCAUUAUAACAAGAAUGGCAAUGAGAACAAAUUGUUCUGAGAAUGAUAAUGAUGCUGAAGAGAUUAGGAAGAUGGUGACAGACACAGCAGAGAUAGCUAGGAAAUUUAAUGUCUCAGAUUUUAUUUGGUUUUGUAAGAAUUUAGAUUUUGAAGGAAUGAAUAAAAGACAUAAAGGGAUUAUGGAAAAGUUUGAUACAAUGAUGGAGAGGGUGAUAAAGGAGCAUCAAGAAAAAAGGAAGAAGAAGAGUGAAGAUGAUGAUGUUAGAGAUAUACUUGAUAUAUUGUUGGAAAUACAUGAAAAUGAGAGAUCUGAAAUUAAAUUGACAAGAAACAAUAUCAAGGCUUUCAUUUUGGAGAUAUUUAUGGCAGGAACCAGCACAUCAGCAAUAACAAUGGAAUGGGCUCUUGCUGAGUUAAUAAACAAUCCAAAUGUGAUGGAGAAAGCAAGACAAGAGAUUGAUUCGGUAACAAAAAAAAAGAGUAGAUUAAUACAAGAAUCAGAUCUUCCCAACCUUCCAUACUUGCAAGCUAUUAUUAAAGAAACACUAAGAAUUCACCCCACAGUACCUAUAAUAGAAAGAGAAUCAUCAGAAAAUUGCAACAUUUAUGGUUAUGAAAUUCCAGCAAAGGCCAUUUUAUUUGUUAAUUUAUGGUCAAUGGGUAGGGACCCUAACAUUUGGGAAAAACCCCUUGAGUUCAAGCCAGAGAGGUUCAUUAACGAAUAUAAUAAGUUUGAUGUUUGGGGAAAAAAUUACCAACUUAUAUCAUUUGGAACUGGAAGAAGGGUUUGCCCUGGUGCAUCCUUUGCUCUUCAAUUUGUUCCCACAAAUCUUGCAACCAUGAUUCAGUGUUUUGAAUGGAAGCUAGAUAAUGAAACGGGAAUAGCUAACAUGGAAGAGAAAUCAGGAUUAACCCUUCCAAGGGCUCAUCCUCUAACGUGUUUCCCUAUUCCCCGUUUUAGAAGCAUUCCUUCUAGUGAAUAGAAGAUUGAGAAAAUGGUUGGAUUAUACCUUUUCCAUAUCUCCUUCUCAACUAUUCAGAUUUCACUUUGAAAUUAUUGCUAAUGUAUUUGUGUUUUUUUUUUUUGUUUUGACGCAUUUGUUUCAUAAUCUUACACAUGAAAAUAAAU